AUGGCGAUGGAAUACAGCAAAGAGCAGCUCAACUACUACAGGAUUUGUUACGUUGUCGCUGAUGUAUUAACUGAUGGUCUGCGAAUAAUUUUCAAACAAGAAUGGGACAAUCGCUACGGUGUAACAACGUCCGGGGAAUGGAAGGAUGAACCAAGAAAUGGAGUGGACUUUAAAAACAAGGAAUCUGCUCAGAACCAAAAAAAAAAUGCGCGUCUCCUUACAACCAUGAUUGGAGGAAACAGAGUAGAAUGGGAUUGUACGAUGCUUUUCUACGCUAUUCUUUUCUCAGAUUGUAUUGACAACCUCAGCCCAGUUGUCAGAUCAAAUGUCGAUGCCCUCAGAAAGUUUCGAAAUGAAGAUUUUGCGCACAUGUCGGAAGGAAACCUUUCAGACCUGCAGUUUCAAAACAUCAUUGGCAAAGUUGACACUGCAUUUCAAGCGCUCGGUCUUUCCACAAUGAAAAUUCAAGAGAUUAAGAAUCAAACGAGCUUUCCCACGGAGGAACUGAAAGAUGUCUUGAAAAUGGUUGACAAUCUUAAGCAGGAGCUUCAGGUCCUUGAAGAUCAGUUAAACAAUGAUAUCUCCCCCUUCUGUGUCCUCCCUCCUAAACCCUCACAUGACGUAACAAGCCGCGACCGAGAGGUGGCCGAAAUAAUGCAACAGCUUAGAGAACUUAAAACAGCAAAUAAAGACAGGCUAAGUUACCUUUACAUCUCCGGAAAUCCUGGAAGUGGAAAGUCUCAACUAGCGGGUCUUGUGACUAAACGAUUCUACAGAGAAAUUAAAGAUCUUCCGGAUGGUACCUUAUUUGUGAUGACGAUAAAUGGUGAAAGUCCAGAUACUGUGCUACAAUCGUAUGUGGCUUUUUCACGGCGUCUUAAGUGUCCCGAGUACGCGGUGACAACCACCCUCCAUUCAGAGGACUUGACAACAAAUGAGAAAAUCACCAAUCUUAGGGCAUUGAUCGGAACGAAAAUUGGGCUUUAUACAUCGUGGCUGCUCGUAGUUGAUAAUGUCGCGAGUCUAUCACAUGUGCAUGUCCAUCUACCCGAAGCCGGAAAUGAAGUGUGGGCAAGAGGCCAGUUGCUUAUCACAACUCAAGACAGUGGGUCAAUUCCUCCAGCAAGUUCCUUCAACAAACACAUCUCAAUAAGCAACGGAAUGAAUCUUGAUGAUGUCAGUUGUUUAUUGGAAAAACUCUCAGGAAUCACGGACAAAGAGAUGGAAAUCAAAGUUGCUCAGGCGUUGGACUACCAGCCUCUCGCCUUGGCAAGUGCCGCCACUUAUGUCAGAGAAGUUCGACAGACAUCUAAGUUUGGCUGGAAAGACUAUCUUGCAAAACUUGAAACAGGCCAAAGAAAUGUCAUGGAGAAAUUUCUUGCCGAAGUCAACCCAAGCUAUGCAAAGUCCAUGACCACAGCAACAACACUGGCCGUAGAAACAGCUAUGGAAUCCAGAAAAAUUAUGCAUCACGCCUUUAAGUUCCUGUCCCUGUGUGCACCACAACCAUUAAGUCUUAAUAUCAUUGAAGACUUUAUCACAAUCGUGGAUAAAGAAAUUCAAGACAUAGAAAUGAUUCGUUUGAAGAUACAAGGGUGCUCCCUGCUGAUGUUUGAAAGGGACGAAACUGACGUUUACAUUCGUGUGCAUCAGGUUGUACAUAAUUCCAUUAAGACUUUGGCUGCAGCUCAUUCGGAUGAUAAGCACAACGAGGUCGUCAGUGGAGUGAUUGGAUCAUUCAGUCGUUUUGUAGAAAAAUAUCUACCAAGGGACAACUACGAGUUCUAUGCUCUAAUAAACAGCAGACAUGUUACUCAUUUAAAAAAUUUAGCUCCAGAAAUCGAGAGAUAUUUUUCUAAGAAGGUUAUUUCUCAAGUCGACCAAAGUGGCUUUUUGAUCAAGAACCAUGCGAUGGACCUCCAUAGAAUGAGUUUGUUUUGCUAUAUGCAUUGUGAAUACGAAACUUCAAGACGUUUCAUCGAUAUGGCAUUAGACGUAUCCAUUGUCAACGAGCACGACCCUGGCUUAGAUAUUGCAGAUAUCUACGAACGCGCGGGUAAAGUGCACGAAAAGCUGGGCGACCUGAGUAAGACAAAAGAUUAUCAUGAUCUUGCACUGGCCACUCGUCUGAAAAAGCUUGGACCUGACCAUGUUGACAUUGCAAAGUCUUACUUUUACCUGGGUAUUUUACACAAAAAGCUGAGUGACCUGAGUCAGGCAAAGGAUUAUCAUGAUCGUGCACUGACCAUUCGUCUGAAAAAGCUUGGACCUGACCAUGUUGACGUUGCAAGUUCUUACAAUAGCCUGGGUAUUGUACACGAAAAGCUGGGUGACCUGAGUCAGGCAAAGGAUUAUCAUGAUCGUGCACUGGCCAUUCGUCUGAAAAAGCAUGGACCUGACCAUGUUGACGUUGCAAGUUCUUACAAUAGCCUGGGUAUUUUACACAAAAAGCUGGGUGACCUGAGUCAGGCAAAGGAUUAUCAUGAUCGUGCACUGGCCAUUCGUCUGAAAAAGCUUGGACCUGACCAUGUUGACGUUGCAAAUUCUUUCAAUAGCCUGGGUAUUGUACACGAAAAGCUGGGUGACCUGAGUCAGGCAAAGGAUUAUCAUGAUCGUGCACUGGCCAUUCUUCUGAAAAAGCUUGGACCUGACCAUGUUGACGUUGCAACUUCUUUCAAUAACCUGGGUACUGUACACGAAAAGCUGGGUGACCUGAGUCAGGCAAAGGAUUAUCAUGAUCGUGCACUGGCCAUUCGUCUGAAGAAGCUUGAACCUGACCAUGUUGACGUUGCAAGUUCUUACAAUAGCCUGGGUAUUUUACACAAAAAGCUGGGUGACCUGAGUCAGGCAAAGGAUUAUCAUGAUCGUGCACUGGCCAUUCGUCUGAAAAAGCUUGGACCUGACCAUGUUGACGUUGCAAGUUCUUACAAUAGCCUGGGUAUUUUACACAAAAAGCUGGGUGACCUGAGUCAGGCAAAGGAUUAUCAUGAUCGUGCACUGGCCAUUCGUCUGAAAAAGCUUGGACCUGACCAUGUUGACGUUGCAAGUUCUUACAAUAGCCUGGGUAUUUUACACAAAAAGCUGGGUGACCUGAGUCAGGCAAAGGAUUAUCAUGAUCGUGCACUGGCCAUUCGUCUGAAAAAGCUUGGACCUGACCAUGUUGACGUUGCAAGUUCUUACAAUAGCCUGGGUAUUGUACACGAAAAGCUGGGUGACCUGAGUCAGGCAAAGGAUUAUCAUGAUCGUGCACUGGCCAUUCUUCUGAAAAAGCUUGGACCUGACCAUGUUGACGUUGCAAGUUCUUACAAUAGCCUGGGUAUUUUACACAAAAAGCUGGGUGACCUGAGUCAGGCAAAGGAUUAUCAUGAUCGUGCACUGGCCAUUCGUCUGAAAAAGCUUGGACCUGACCAUGUUGACGUUGCAAAUUCUUACAAUAGCCUGGGUACUGUACACGAAAAGCUGGGUGACCUGAGUCAGGCAAAGGAUUAUCAUGAUCGUGCACUGGCCAUUCGUCUGAAAAAGCUUGGACCUGACCAUGUUGACGUUGCAAGUUCUUACAAUAGCCUGGGUAUUUUACACAAAAAGCUGGGUGACCUGAGUCAGGCAAAGGAUUAUCAUGAUCGUGCACUGGCCAUUCGUCUGAAAAAGCAUGGACCUGACCAUGUUGACGUUGCAAGUUCUUACAAUAGCCUGGGUAUUGUACACGAAAAGCUGGGUGACCUGAGUCAGGCAAAGGAUUAUCAUGAUCGUGCACUGGCCAUUCUUCUGAAAAAGCUUGGACCUGACCAUGUUGACGUUGCAAAUUCUUUCAAUAACCUGGGUACUGUACACGAAAAGCUGGGUGACCUGAGUCAGGCAAAGGAUUAUCAUGAUCGUGCACUGGCCAUUCGUCUGAAAAAGCUUGGACCUGACCAUGUUCACGUUGCAAAUUCUUACAAUAGCCUGGGUAUUUUACACAAAAAGCUGGGUGACCUGAGUCAGGCAAAGGAUUAUCAUGAUCGUGCACUGGCCAUUCGUCUGAAAAAGCAUGGACCUGACCAUGUUGACGUUGCAAGUUCUUACAAUAGCCUGGGUAUUUUACACAAAAAGCUGGGUGACCUGAGUCAGGCAAAGGAUUAUCAUGAUCGUGCACUGGCCAUUCUUCUGAAAAAGCUUGGACCUGACCAUGUUGACGUUGCAAAUUCUUUCAAUAACCUGGGUACUGUACACGAAAAGCUGGGUGACCUGAGUCAGGCAAAGGAUUAUCAUGAUCGUGCACUGGCCAUUCGUCUGAAAAAGCUUGGACCUGACCAUGUUCACGUUGCAAAUUCUUACAAUAGCCUGGGUAUUGUACACGAAAAGCUGGGUGACCUGAGUCAGGCAAAGGAUUAUCAUGAUCGUGCACUGGCCAUUCGUCUGAAAAAGCUUUGACCUGACAAUGUUAACGUUGCAACGCGUUGUUGCGUUUUAUAAAUACUGCUGCAGGUACGUUUUAUUCUCCUUCUUUGCCUUCACUGCCGGUCUCGAAUUCAUUGUCAAUAAUCUCCUCUGCAUCUUCCGUCUCCUCUUUCUCUUCUUCCCAUAAUGCAUUUUCUUCGACUCGGCGCUCUCUUCUUUCCAGAUGGGGUAUAUGUGAACGAGUUAUUUACUAUCCAUGUUUCAUGCAGCAUUCGGAGUUUGGCUUUGAAAGGCUUGUUUAUGCACUUAUCUAGGGGCUGCAACACUGACGUCAGGCCACCGGGAAUGACAGCAACAUCGACAGUUCGUCUCGCACUGUUCGGUUGCCCGUAAAUUCGAGGGUUCUUGUGGCUGGCAGCUCAAAUCCUCCGUGUUUAAGAUGUGGCUUAACUGGUAGUCAUGACGUCUCCGGGCCCUCAACACAAAACGAUGGAAUUCGACGAUCUUCUCCUCCAUGUCUGCUGGUAGACGCUGAGCCAAAGUUGUUUUCGCUCUCAUAGAUACAGCGUGGCGACGUUUUCAGUUGUUGUACCACCCUAUAGAUGCCUUGAACUCCGGAUCGGAGCUGAGUUCCUUCGCCUUUAACCGGAGCAUUACGCUAUUAACUGAGAGACCUGCAGAAAAUAGAACUGUUCAGUGUUAAAGGACAAGGUAUUUUACGUGCACGUGUUGCAUGUUAACAUUGAUCUUCUGGACUGUUAAUCAAUUAGCGCAAAUUGAAGACAAAACAAUUCUUUAUCGUACCUUGACUUCUUUGAUCGCUAAACCAGUCUGCUAAGCGUUGAUCCAGUUUUGGAUAUUUUGGUUUGUACCGACCCAUGGAUGCACGUUUGGCAGUCAUCUUUAACUCGCCAUUAAACAGCAUAUGCAGUUGGUUUCGCCAUUUGCGAACCAUUGACUCGGAUAUUCCGUACUCGCGUGCAAUUUCUCGAUUGUUUUUCCCUGACUCUGCUUCCUCUACUACUUUCAACUUAAAGUUCAGAUCGUAAGAAUGACGUCGCGUACUAGGCAUGAUUUCUGUUUUGAACACAGCAAUGCUCACUGAAUCGCCGUGAAUGAAGUCUUACAACUAGGAGUUCGACCAGCUGAGACAUGCUUAUAAAGCUUAAACUGGAUCAAUUAGUAUUCAUAGCUUUAGAAAGUAACACUGUUUCCUAAGAAGGCAGACUGUAUUCACGGUAUCUAGAUCUCUUUUAUCGGUGUGAUUUUUUUUUCGCUUUGUUCGUGCAAAUGUGUGACUUUUUUGCCUUUUGUUAAAAAAGGUGACAUGACUGUAAUUAGAAACUUUGAAAACGCUAUUGUUUUGAAAGUGAAUAUAGUGAAAAAGCCCAAAGUUGAGGUUGCGUCUUAUAACCGGGUAUUUAGGCGAAAUUUUCGGUUUAACAACUUGAAAGAAACGAGUUCAAAAAUUCAGGGUGCGUCUUAUAACCGAGUGCGCCUUAUAACCGAGAAAAUACGGUAAUCUUUAUUAUUUUCAGCAG